GGCCAUCUUUGAUGAGGGCAGAGCUCACGUUGCAUUGAAGACGAAACCUCGGGGAGGUCAGGCGCUGUCUUUCCUUCCCUCCCUGCUCGGCGGCUCCACCACAGUUGCAACCUGCAGAGGCCCGGAGAACACAACCCUCCCGAGAAGCCCAGGUAAGAACCCCCCUCCCCAGGUCGUGGCUCUGGCUCGGGAUGGCUGCAUACCCAGAAGGGACAGCAGCUGGGCAGUCCGAGUGGGCUUGGGUAAAUACAAGUAUUGGUGCACUUAGGGUGCGGUAUUCCGAGUGUGCACGUCUGGUGGGGGCUUUAUAAAGUGUUUUCGAGGUGAGCUGCUGGGGAAAAGGGAAACGGGAGCCCUGCAAAUGGAGCGACGGGGAGGAAGAGCGAGGGUCCAGAGCCAAACCCGUCACUGACCCCCCAGCCCAGGCGCCUAGCCACUCCCCACCGCUACCAUGGCCGAAGACGCAGACAUGCGCAAUGAGCUGGAGGAGAUGCAGCGAAGGGCUGACCAGUUGGCUGAUGAGUCGCUGGAAAGCACCCGUCGUAUGCUGCAACUGGUUGAAGAGAGUAAAGAUGCUGGUAUCAGGACUUUGGUUAUGUUGGAUGAACAAGGAGAACAACUCGAUCGUGUCGAAGAAGGCAUGAACCAUAUCAACCAAGACAUGAAGGAGGCUGAGAAAAAUUUAAAAGAUUUAGGGAAAUGCUGUGGCCUUUUCAUAUGUCCUUGUAACAAGCUUAAAUCAAGUGAUGCUUACAAAAAAGCCUGGGGCAAUAAUCAGGACGGAGUGGUGGCCAGCCAGCCAGCUCGUGUAGUGGACGAACGGGAGCAGAUGGCCAUCAGUGGCGGCUUCAUCCGCAGGGUAACAAAUGAUGCCCGAGAAAAUGAAAUGGAUGAAAACCUGGAGCAGGUGAGCGGCAUCAUCGGGAACCUCCGUCACAUGGCCCUGGAUAUGGGCAAUGAGAUCGAUACACAGAAUCGCCAGAUCGACAGGAUCAUGGAGAAGGCUGAUUCCAACAAAACCAGAAUUGAUGAGGCCAACCAACGUGCAACAAAGAUGCUGGGAAGUGGUUAAAUGUGCCCACCCGUGUUCUCCUCCAAAUGCUGUCGGGCAAGAUAGCUCCUUCAUGCUUUUCUCAUGGUAUUAUCUAGUAGGUCUGCACACAUAACACACAUCAGUCCACCCCCAUUGUGAAUGUUGUCCUGUGUCAUCUGUCAGCUUCCCAACAAUACUUUGUGUCUUUUGUUCUCUCUUGGUCUCUUUCUUUCCAAAGGUUGUACAUAGUGGUCAUUUGGUGGCUCUAACUCCUUGAUGUCUUGAGUUUCAUUUUUCAUUUUCUCUCCUCGGUGGCAUUUGCUGAAUAACAACAAUUUAGGAAUGCUCAAUGUGCUGUUGAUUCUUUCAAUCCACAGUAUUGUUCUUGUAAAACUGUGACAUUCCACAGAGUUACUGCCACGGUCCUUUGAGUGUCAGGCUCUGAAUCUCUCAAAAUGUGCCGUCUUUGGUUCCUCAUGGCUGUUAUCUGUCUUUAUGAUUUCAUGAUUAGACAAUGUGGAAUUACAUAACAGGCAUUGCACUAAAAGUGAUGUGAUUUAUGCAUUUAUGCAUGAGAACUAAAUAGAUUUUUAGAUUCCUACUUAAACAAAAACUUUCCAUGACAGUAGCAUACUGAUGAGACAACACACACACACACAAAACAACAGCAACAACAACAGAACAACAACAAAGCAUGCUCAGUAUUGAGACACUGUCAAGAUUAAGUUAUACCAGCAAAAGUGCAGUAGUGUCACUUUUUUCCUGUCAAUAUAUAGAGACUUCUAAAUCAUAAUCAUCCUUUUUUAAAAAAAAGAAUUUUAAAAAAGAUGGAUUUGACACACUCACCAUUUAAUCAUUUCCAGCAAAAUAUAUGUUUGGCUGAAAUUAUGUCAAAUGGAUGUAAUAUAGGGUUUGUUUGCUGCUUUUGAUGGCUACGUUUUGGAGAGAGCAAUCUUGCUGUGAAACAGUGUGGAUGUAAAUUUUAUAAGGCUGACUUUUACUAACCACCAUUUCCCCUGUGGUUUGUUAUCAGUACAAUUCUUUGUUGCUUAAUCUAGAGCUAUGCACACCAAAUUGCUGAGAUGUUUAGUAGCUGAUAAAGAAACCUUUUAAAAAAUAAUAUAAAUGAAUGAAAUAUAGAUAAACUGUGAGAUAAAUAUCAUUAUAGCAUGUAAUAUUAAAUUCCUCCUGUCUCCUAUGUCAGUUUGUGAAGUGAUUGACAUUUUGUAGCUAGUUUAAAAUUAUUAAAAAUUAUAGACUCCA